GUGAACUUUGUUUUUUCUUUUUUGAAUCGAAGAGGAUGCAAAGUCAUUCACCGAGUGAGUCCAACGGGGGCUCCAAAGCCAUGGUUCUCGCACACUGAAGGUGUGCCGCCUUUGCCUGCCUGUACAGAGUCAUAUUAACACGCAAUGCCGAUGUGCUUCAAAAUGGGUCAGCUUUGCUCCAAGGGCUCCAAGCGGAUCGUUUACCAAUCACUUCCUGCAAGCAGUGACGAGGAACAGGCAACUGGAGAGCCACCACCUGGUAUUCCGAAUCAUGGUGAUGAUGACACUUCAGUCACUUCUGAAACGUAUCUCUUCAACGCAGAUGAACAGUCCUGCUGGAGCACAUUCCGUGUCUCCCCUGCCAAUGGCGAUGGAGCAAGACUAUCAGAUCUACUUGGGUUCCUGGUCUUGCUGGCCAUUUCUACAUGUGGCUUUGCGCCCUUCUUCUGGUUGAGUAUCGGAUUCACUGCCGUUCGCUUGCAUUUCAUGCAGAUUCUUUGGCCCAUCCUCGGUUGCCUGGCCGUCCUUGGGCUGAUCUUGGCCAUUGGCAUGCUGGCACCCCGCCACCGAGGCGCCUCGCCGAAGGCGUCGUUGCAGAUGAGCUGGAGCAAGACGAAGGCGUUCGUGCUGAAUUUCUUGUUGCCAUUGUCCGUGACGUAUAGCGACCUCUUCUUUGACGUCCGAAUGUGUUGGGCGUAUUGGUGCAAAGACCACCUGGCAGAGUUCAUGGUGAACACUGCGGCCAUCGUAGCAGGAACCGUAACGUCCAUGAUUAGUGAAGCACGACGUCCGGUUUCUCAACAUUACAACAGUUGCUUGUCCCGUCUGCCAAAGCCGGCACAUCUGGCACUUACUUUUCUACAACUCAAACCUUUGAAAAUUCUGUGUGCCGCUUUCUGGGAGUUUCGCAAAGAUGAUUCGUUUGAACAUUGUGUUCAAGAGGAAGGUCUAAACAGUGAGAUGAGAGAUGUGAGCUUUUCCGAGCACAUCGUGGAAGCAAUGAUCAGCACUUUUCUUGUGCAGUCUCACACGUUGUUGCUGGAGUUGGCAGAUUUCGGUUCGCUGUUGUUCUAUUCAUUGGCCUUUGGCGUGCUGAACUUAUCAUGGGAAUUUGCCACCCUUGACGCUCGCGGGCAUGUCAGCGACUGGCACGGGAAGCAAGCCACGGUAGUUGGGUUGGCAGAACCAACAUCUUUGGCGUUUGUGGCAGUUUUCGUUUAUCGUGUGUUGGCAAUCACAAGCCGAAUGCUUUUGAUCGCUUUGUUCCAAUCAAUCUGGCAGGAAGAGUUGUCCUACAGAACAGCUGCAUUUGGCGGAGCCCUUUUCUGGAUGUUCGAUUUGAUGCUGCAAAUUUUGAUGGUGUCAAUGUCAAGUGAACACACUGACCCGAGCAGAUCCAAGUGGGACGCGCUGUGCCACACACUCAUCCGAGCAUUCCCGAAUACAGUCAGUGCCUAUGAGCCCUUGCUGAUUUCGGCGGAGCGCGCUCUCCUUUCAUAUCCGAUUAACCAGCAUGUGCUGGUUCACACUCUGGAGUUGGUCGGAGUCUUCGCGAUGGCAUAUGUGGCCAAGAAAGACCAAGUCGAAGAUAUAUUCGUUGCUCAUGCUUGGGUGUGUUCCAUUUUUCUUCGCUGCACACUGCUCCAGUACCUUGUCCUUCUUCUUUGUCGAUCUCUUUGUUCUUAUCGAAUUCAGCCAGGAUCGAUUCUCAUCGGCUGCUUGAUCGAGGAUGGUGGAGACAUCCAGUUGCCGUUGGAGGUCGCUGCAUUGGCGCUUUUGGCGAAAGAAGGAAGUGUUCGUGCCGUGGACAUCCUCAAAACCAAGCUGAAGCAAUUACCACCUCAUGUUGUUGCAAGCAUCUUGAGAUUGCUCGUGCGUACAUCUGCAGACAAGGACGGUUUACAUGCACUGGCAAACAAACCCGAACUUCACAACAUAAUUGCACGAGCAAUGGAGAAACACAUUGCAAGCCCAGAAGUCCAAAAGGCAGCCUGCAGUGCAAUCUCCAACAUAACCAGGGAGAAUUCGGUUCUGAGAACGAAUUUCGCCAACAGCUAUAGCCAUAGCAUCAUUCUCAGGUUUAUGAGGCAGCGGAUUCAAUCCACAUUGACAGAUCCGAAUCUACACACAGAAGCAAUCUAUGCCUUGGUGGCGCUGAUGAAAGACCAUAAUCACCUAAAAGAGCAACUCAUUCGCGACAAAGCUCUCUCAACUAUUCUAGAUAGCAGGAAGCUUUUCCGAAGCAGCGAAGCUGCUCAGGAAGCCGCUUUACACUGUUUGAAGACAUUGGCUACAUGCAAAGAAGCUCAGCAGGAGCUUGCCCAAGUUGAAAAGACGAACAUGAUUCUGGAUGCCAUCAGAGAGCACAGGAUGUCUGUGGAAGUUUUGCGUCAUGCCUUCCAUUUGCUUCAGCUUGUGACUGUGUCUAAUGAGAUUUGUCCGGAGUUACUCGAUCUAAUAGUGCAAGUUUCAGCUGAUCAUUUGGAGAUGUUUGAUGACAAGAAUUGUCCCCGGUUCAGCUACUGGUGGCACAGAAGCGAGAACCGAGCAGACGUCCUUUGCAAAGUUUUUGUUGCCCUGAGCAAGUUGUUGGAGAAAGACCCCGAGAAAACUCACGAGAUCUACCCAAGACAUGUAGAAGAGGUGUUCCGUGUUGUCUUGAUGGCAAUGCAGCGCCAGUCCCUUGGGAUUGACCUGCAGGCAGAGGCUUGCUAUGUGUUGAAGACUCUUUCCAAAGAUUCCAAGAACCAUGCAUUUCUGGGAAGCGAGGAAGUGGUGAGUGUCUUGCUAGAGUCUACGAUGGAUGCGAGACAACAAUCCGACCGUAAAAAGGAGCUGGAUGUGAUGCUUGAGGUUUUCGAAGUGUUUGGCCUCCUCGCGGAGAAAUUGGAUCCUGCCGAUCCUGCCUCCCCCCUUGGAUCGCGCAGGAUUGAGCUUCGGGAUUGCAUCACUCACUUCCAGUUGAUCAACAAGGAUAGUAAGCGGGAGAUCCCUCCUGUUAUCUUGAGGUUUUGGAACCGAUUGGAUGCAGCGUGACAGCACAGUGACAGCACAGUGCUGCGGAUCCGUUUCCUGGACUGGUAAGAAUGGUUAACAGAAUGAAAUGCGUUUCCCUUUUGCAGAGGCCAAAGAGCACUGUAACUGCUGUAGCUGCUGCGGCUGCUGCUGUGCCAAAACCAACGCUUUUUGAGGUGAAUUGGAAGG